UAUCAUUUAAUAUCAAUGAAUAUUGUUCCUAUGAACUUAAUUCCUAUACUUGCCUGUAUUUCAAUAUUUAUUAAUUAGCAAGUACAUAGUUUUAUUAUAUCAUGCUAUUCAACAGUUGGCUAUUUUAUUGCACCACUACAAUCAAGAUCUUGUUUGUAGCACCGCAGACAAUUACAUCCUCGAAGUAUUAUUACAAAUAAAUACCAUCACAGUUAUGAACUGCGAUAUACAAAUGUUUUUCUACUUUAGUUGAUUUGAUUUGAAUUAGUUGAUUACCUGUAAAAAAGAAAGUAUUGCUAUGAUAGUCAUACGUAGUUUUAAUUCCAAACAGGAUUAGUAUUGUAAUUUUAUCUAUCUGUUAAAUUGAUAAUUUUGUAAGUCAGGUAAAAAUGGUAAGGGGAUUUGUGAAUUCGCAUAUCGUGUGGCAUAAAAAGACAUUACUUCUUAAAAACAUUUCAACAUUUGAAACAGAAUAUAUUUGUUAUGCUAAAUAUAUGAUGUAAACAGUGAAAAGAAUGUUCAAUGUUCACUUGAAAUGAAAAAACUAUUUGAUGUAUAAUAUUUAUCUAUUCACAACUGCAUUUACAGCGAUUUGUAAAUCAUAUCCUUAAAGUAUUUCCAAUUCUACAAAAUGCUAGAUACCAGAACAUUUUCAUAUAAGAAAUAUUUAACUGAAGCUCUCAUAGCUUUAGCAUGUGUGUUUAUUUUUUGUGAAUAUUUACUAUAUUACCUUGUGCUUAUUCAGUGUGCAUGGCCAGUUUUGGAACCACAUAAAAUUGAUUCAACAAUUACUGAAUCCACAUCAGAAGAAACUCCGGUACAUGCAAUGUUUAUAGCAGAUACUCAUUUAUUGGGCUCAAAAAAUGGACAUUGGUUUGAUAAAUUAAAAAGAGAAUGGCAAAUGUAUAGAGCAUUCCAAACUAUGGUUACUCUUCAUAAACCAGACAUAAUUUUUAUAUUAGGUGAUUUAUUUGAUGAAGGACAGUGGAGUAGUUCAGCAGAAUUUGACCAAUAUAUACAAAGAUUUCAUUCAUUGUUUUCAGUACCUAAACACACUCAUCUUUAUGUUGUUGCUGGAAAUCAUGAUAUUGGAUUUCAUUACGCUAUUACACCAUACUUAAAUCAACGAUUCGUAAAUGGUUUGAAGUCACCAAGUGUGAAAAGAGUUAGUAUUAGAGGGAAUCACUUUGUCCUAGUUAAUAGUAUGGCACUGGAAGGAGAUGGGUGCUUUUUAUGUCGUCCUACAGAAAUUGCAUUAAAUAAAAUUGCCACACAUUUAAAAUGUGCUAAAGAUAUGGGAAGUAGUUGUAACAAAGAUAAUGCAAUUUCAAGAUAUAGCAGACCAAUUAUUUUACAGCACUAUCCAAUGUAUCGUGAGUCUGAUGAAAUUUGCAAUGAACCUGAUCAAGCACCAGAUGAAAUAAAAGAUAUCAAAUUUAGGGAACGAUGGGAAUGUUUAUCAAAGGAAGCAUCUGAGCAACUUUUAGAUAUAUUGAAUCCAAGACUGAUCAUUAACGGUCACACUCAUCAUGGUUGUAGAAGAAUACAUAGAAAAGAUAUAUUAGAAUUUACAAUACCAUCUUUCAGUUGGCGUAAUAAGGAUAAUCCUUCACUUUUACUAGGUGUAUUUACCCCCAAUAAUUAUUCUGUAUCAAAAUGUUACAUGCCUGUGGAAUCUACAGAGAUCAAAAUUUAUAUCAUCAGUGUAGUGUGUAUAUUUAUAUAUUUUAUCAUAAAAUGUAGAUUGAAACAAAAUCGAUAUUAUCUUUUAAAGUUUCAUUAAAGACGUGUUUCUAUUUAUUAGUAUUAAUUUAAAAAGGUGCAAUAAGUAGAUUAUAAAUAAUAAUUAUAAACAAACUAAAACAUAAAAAUAUAAGGCUCAAAUUAUUCAUAUUUUUAUGUGUAUCUUCAUAUAUAUAAAAUAAAAAUAUUAGUUACAUAUUAUUUAUACUAUUCAAAGUAUAAAAUAUUUAUAUUAUUUAUUCUCAUUAUUAUAUUAUUCAGAUCAAUAGCACAUCUCAACUCCAUUAAAUUAUUGAAUACUAUUUCGCUUUAUAUACUCCAAUCUUCUUUUCAUUAUUUUAUCAAACUACUCUAUUGGAAAGGAAAAUGUGUACAAAUACAUAUAACACACUAUACGAAUAUUAAAAAUCGCAAAUAUAAUCAUUGUAACGUGUACAAAACAUAUCUGUCUUAUAUAUUUAAUCAGCCAAUAUCAAAGAUCUCAUAUAUAAAACACUGUAGCAUUACUGAUUCACUAAACAUACUUAAUACUUGAAUAAUUAAAAAUAUAGAUCUUUAUAAUUACUCCAAAAGUGAAUUGUUAUGUAUAAUUAAUAAACAUUUUAUAUGACAUGACAUUACGGAUAAAUGUACACCUCAGCUUAUCCAAAUGUAAGUGACAUAAUUUUACAUCCUUAAUGUUACAUUAUAUGCAUUCGAUGCAUACAUGUCUAGUAACAAAUUUCUACAGAUAUAACUUGCAAACUUGUUAUUUUAUUGCAAUAAAAAAUAUAAUAAUUGUGAACUAA